AUGACCACCCCCCCAACCACCAUACCACCUCCAGUCUCACAAGCCCAAACCCUCCUCUGGGACAACCCAGCAUUCGCAAAAAACUACCUAAAAAGCGAGCACAUCACCGCUCCCUGCGCCGCGGUCCUCCUCCAACUAACCGGCCUCCAAAAAGCACUUUCAGAUCCCGAGUAUGCGGGUGAGCAACUCGUGAUGCUAGAUCAAGCAUGCGGCACGGGCGUCGUGACGAAAGCAUUGAUGGACAUCUUAGCUGGCGAUAGAAACAAAGCGAGGGUAACGAGCGCCGAUUUCGCGGAGGCGAUGGUGCAGUUUGUGAGGGGGAGGGUGGAGUGUGAGGGCUGGGGGGAGGUGGUGGAGGUUGUGAGGUGUGAUGCUAUGGUUUGGAUUCCUUUUUCUUAGAUUCCUCUUCCUUUAAAUCAUGAUAUGAGAUGAGAACGGGUGUUGGUGUUGUAGGGAGGAUUUUAUGCUUUAUGCUUUAUAUUUGGAUGAAUAUAGAGGUUAACACAAAAAAAACACCCACCUCCCAGCAAACAAAUACACCCACCUCCUCUUCAACUUCGGCCCCUUCCUCCUCCCCUCCCCCACGGCGGGAAUCCGCGAAUCCCACCGUCUCCUCCAACCCACCGGCUGGAUCGCAACCUCCACCUGGUCCACCGUCCCCUGGCUCGCCGACAUGCGGCGCGCCUUUGCAACUGAGCCGCGUCUGCCUGUCCUCCCUCCUAUCUCUAAGAUCCUGAGUGCUUUUAAUGAAGUCGAGGAGAGGUGGGAUACGCCGGAGGCUGCGAAGGCGAACCUUGAGAAAGGGGGGUUUGUGGGUGUAGAGGCGGAGAGGAUCAGGGGAUGUACGAUGUGGAAGGGGAUGGGGGAUUUGGUGGCGCUGUUGCCGGGGACGCUUGGGGUGUUGAAGAUGGGGUGGAGUGAGGAGGAGAGGGGGUGUUGGGGGUUAAAGGUGGAUGAGAUUGUGGAGGAGUGGUUUAGGGGGCGCUAUGGGAAGGGGGGAUUGUUUGGGAGUGGGAAGGGGUUGUUGCGACGGGGAGGAAGGGGUGAGGAGUUUGGUUGGGUACUUGAAGAUGGUAUUUAG